CAGAACAAACGACUAUUCGUGGCAACCAAGCAGCAGCACAGCGGCGGUGGAAGUCUAGCAGAGAUGGCCUCCCUUCUCCAGCCAGAUAGAGUCGUCUAUCUGGCUCGUGGGGAGAAAAAGAUCAGAGCUCCUUUAUCCCAUCUGUAUUUCUGCCGAUACUGUAGUGAGCUAAGAUCCUUAGAAUGUGUGUCUCACGAGGUGGACUCCCAUUAUUGCCCCAGCUGCUUGGAAAACAUGCCAUCUGCAGAGGCUAAACUUAAAAAGAACAGGUGUGCCAACUGUUUUGAUUGCCCAUGUUGCAUGCACACCCUGUCGACUCGAGCUACAAACAUCCCUGCUCCUCUGCCUGAUGAUCCUACUAAGACCGCUAUGAAGAAGGCCUACUACCUGGCCUGUGGCUUUUGCCGCUGGACCUCCAGGGAUGUGGGAAUGGCUGACAAGUCAGUGGCCAGUGGUGGGUGGCAGGAGCCUGAAAACUGUCAUACUCAGCGGAUCAACAAGCUGAUAGAGUAUUACCAGCAUCUGGCUCACAGAGAGAAGCAGGAGCGAGACAGGAAGAAGCUGGCGAGGAGACGACAGUGCAUGCCUUUGGCUUUCUCGCAACACACAAUUCAUGUGGUGGAAAAGUACGGCCUUGGAACACGGCUGCAGCGGCAGAGGUCUGGAGCGCCCAUUUCCACUCUGGCUGGUCUUUCCCUUAAAGAGGGGGAGGACCAGAGGGAGAUCACCAUUGAGCCUGCACAGGCUCUUGAUGAGGUUGAGCCUCUGCCUGAAGAUUGUUACACUCGACCUAUCAGUUUGCCAGAGGUUACUACGCUGCGCCAGCGACUUCUGCAGCCCGACUUCCAGCCUGCCGGAGCCUCUCAGCUGCAUCCGCGACACAAACACCUCCUGAUGAAGCGCUCACUGCGCUGCAGGAAAUGUGAGCACAACCUGAGCAAGCCCGAAUUCAAUCCGACUUCAAUCAAGUUUAAAAUUCAGCUGGUGGCUGUGAGUUACAUCCCUGAAGUGAGAAUUAUGUCCAUUCCAAAUCUGCGCCACAUGAAGGAAAGCCAAGUGCUGCUGACCCUGACCAACCCAGUGGAGAACAUCACCCACGUUACCCUGGCUUCUUGUGAGGAGGAUGAUCCCGACGACAUCAACAGCACUGCAGAGGUCAUUGUGCCCCGUAAGGAGCUGGUGUUGGCAGGGAAGGAUGCUGCUGCUGAGUAUGAUGAAUUGGCUGAACCUCAAGAUUUCCACGAUGACCCCGAUGUUGUUGCCUUCAGGAAAUCCAACAAAAUUGGUUUCUUCAUCAAAGUGAUCCCUCGCAAAGAGGAGGAUGCCGAUGUCACCGUUUCGUUUAAGAUCCGGCACGACUUCCGCAACCUCACUGCGCCCGUCAGGCCCAGCGAGGAGGGUGGCGGCGACACCACCACCGAGGCUAUUUGGCUCACGCACCACGUCGAGAUGAGGCUGGGACCACUUGUCCCCUAAAAGUUAAAUCACCAUUUCUUAAUAUUAUGAACAAAACUAUCAACAUUAGCAUACUGUUGAUAAGCUUUUUUGUUUUUGGGUUACUUCUUGUUUUUUUUUGUUUUUUUUAUGCCUUUGUUGCCCGUCUUACACUAAAUGAGUAGAAAGUGACAAGCGCAUCGUAGUCCAGUAAGAUACAAAUGUCAGUACAAUAUAAGUGGACUGUACCCUCUUCCAUCAGUUGCAAGUUUUAUCUAGUUAAAAGCAACCAUUUUUUCCCCCCCGACACUGUUUGCACUUCUGAUGAAAUGCACAAAACAGCAGUAGCAAGAAGUUCACAAGAAACUUGUGAGUGUAAAAAAUGAGCAUAAUGGGCGACCAUAUCAGAGAACAAUACAUGACUGCUCACACGCAGCGCCUGUCGCUUCCUCAAGACAGCAGCUUCGUACUAACCCGCAUGGAUCAUCUAUAAUAAAUAUUACAACUGUCAUUGUAUCCAGUGUUCUGCUGUACUCUGCUUUGUUCCCUUGCAAAUUGAAAAGUAACUGUUGACACUAAAACAAGCUCUGCACAAGUAGAAAUGCUUUCCCCCCCACCACCCCAACUAUAUUCCCUUUAAUUUUGCCGUCUGUGUUGUAAGCUGCUGUCACCUUUUGGUUCCAAUGAAUAAACUUCAUAAGAUGAAUGAAAAAGCAAGUUUUCUUCUGCACUGCCUAAUAAAUUGUCAA